AUGUGGACUGAUGCCCAUACUAAGAGUAAUCAACUGCUUGCUGGUUUUCGAUUAACAAACUUAGGCAAUAUUAAUAUUAUACAACCCACGCUACCAAGUAAGUGGUUUUUUGAAAGUCUUGAAUCAGAAACAACGAAUCUGACACAGAGCACGGAACAAAUAUCAAGCAGAACUUUUAACUCACAGCCGGAGAGAAUGAGGACACCACCACCUAUAUUUCCAAACAUAAAUACAUCUCUUUAUACCCCGAAUAAGCAUCAGAUGUAUGAUGAGGUAGAGAACUACCAUGAGAAUGCUUUGAAGAAAUCAGGAAACGAUUUUAAGAAAGCUAUUAUGCUAAAGAUUGAAGACAAUGAUGCAAACAGUUUUUGCUUAUAUUGUGAAAAAAUAUUGAUUGAUUUGUGA